GGGUCUUAGAAGAGGCAGUGCGCGGGAUGAAGACCUCGCUGGCCGGCGGCGGCGGCGGCGGCGGGUAUUGCCGCUGCCGCCGGUGCCCUUGGUCUUAACCCCUUGACCCCCCUCCGAGCUCCGCAAGCGAAGAGGAAUGGGCUGCAAGGAGAGUAAACUGGGCUGUUGUGAAGCCAGAAGAAAGAAAGAAAUAAAAACUCAGUAUAACAGCGGACAACUUUCCUGUGAACUGAUAGCACUGAAGACCGAAGCCAACACAGGCUAUUUGCACAAUGAAGCAGAAAAAAGGAAGGCUGCAUUGCUGGAGAAGCAGAUGGAUGAGACCACAAGGCUCCAGCAACAACAGCAGAAAGAGGAAGAUUGUCUGAAGGAAGUUCACCAUGCUGAGACUCACAAACUUAGCCAGGGCAUUAAACUCCAGGUAGAGAAGGAGGAUUUACAGUAUAAACAAUUCUCUGAAAAAUACAAUAUGUUGAAGAGAGAACAGGAGGAAACACUGCAAAAACUCCAGAAAGCACAUGAUCAAGAGAAGCUGUUCCUAAGCGAAUCCUACCAAAAAUCUCAGGCAUCUUUGCAGGAGACCAUUGACAAACUGAGUUCCCAGCUGAAGGCCUUUCAGGAGAAAAUGAAGUGGGUAGAAGAGUCAAUCCUGAGCAGAGAUUAUAAAAAGCACAUUCAGGAUUAUGGGACCCCCAGCCAGUUCUGGGAACAAGAACUAGAGAGUCUACAUUUUGUCAUUGAGAUGAAGAAUGAACGCAUCCACAACUUGGACAAGAAGCUGCUCAACCUGGAAAUAGUGAUGGAGUCAAACUUGUUGCUUGAAGAGAAAAUUAAAAUUCUACAACAGGAGAAUGAAGAUCUCCAAGUCCGGAUGCAGAACCACAUGACAGUGACAAGGCAACUGUCUGAUGAGCUUCUGACCAUUCGUGAGGCUCUGGAGAAGGAGACCCAGCUGAGGGAGCGAGCUCGCCGAGAGAAAGAGGAGCUCUUGUACAGGGUGCUUCACGGCGAUUCAGGGCACCCCUGUGCUAUCCCUGCUGAGACAUCGCUCAUUGCCACGUAGCACCUUGAGAGGCCAAAGACCCUGGUGUGGUACAGAAACAGAAAGGGAGGAAAGGA